CUGAUGUCGGACCGCCCACAGGAUCGAGGACAAAAACAAUCGGCAUCUCGCCGUCCUCAGUAAAACAUAAACAAGAAGAGUCAAACGAAUCAGUGUAUCCUUUUUAACCAGCACGGACAGCACCGAGGGAGAAAUGGUUUCUCCAGUAACAGUGGUCAAGAGUGAAGGCCCUAAAUUGGUGCCAUUCUUCAAAGCAACCUGUGUAUACUUUGUCCUGUGGCUGCCCACCUCAAGCCCAUCUUGGUUCAGCGCCCUGAUCAAAUGCCUGCCCAUCUUCUGCCUUUGGGUCUUUUUGCUGGCUCAUGGCUUCACCUUUCUCUGUGCUCACUCCAGUGCCCGCAAGAUCUUGGCUGGCCUCAUAUUUUCUGCUCUGGGUGAUGCCUUUCUCAUCUGGCAGGAGCAGGGCUACUUUGUCCAUGGCCUUCUGAUGUUUGCCAUCACCCAUAUACUCUACUCUUCUGCCUUUGGGAUGAAGCCUAUUAAUGUGCGUGCUGGGCUGGUGAUCACUGCUGUAUCCUUUCUGUGCUAUAUCCUGCUGUACCCCUACCUCUCUGGCCCCUUCACCUACUUGGUGGCCGUCUACAUCGCCCUAAUUGGUUUCAUGGGCUGGAGGGCGAUCGCAGGUUUGCAGCUGGCAAAUGACCUGUGGACCUGGACCAAGUUGUCUGCCUGCCUGGGUGCCGUGCUCUUCAUGGUCUCUGACCUCACCAUUGCAGUCAACAAGUUCUGCUUCCCUGUGCCCCAUUCGCGAGCCAUCAUCAUGGCCACCUACUACGCCGCCCAGAUGCUCAUAGCACUGUCAGCUGUUGAGUGCCAGGACGUGGAGGUGGCCAGGAAGAGAACAUGAGUUCCAGCAGUCUUCAAACCAUGUGAUUAUGGACACAUCUCACUGCCAGGUUCCCAGCCCCCAGCCUUCAUCUCAGUGUGGUGCUCAUACACCGCUGGGCCACUACAGCCUUUACAUCACCCUUCUGUCCCAUUAGCGUUGUAAACUCACAUGUGUCCUCUAACAAAGAAGAUACAGUAGUAUUAUCUUCAGCCUCACCCAACAACAGUCCUACCUGCCUCCUCUGAAGAUAACAUGGCUUUCAACCUAGUUACAAAGGUGAUAAGUGCAGUAAUAUUAACCUGCUAUGUAGAGAGUAUUACUUACUUUUAACUGGCUAAUGGGAGCAUGUCACUGGGCACCUUCAAGGCGUGUGUAUGGGAGAGUAAUGGGGUCUGUGUGCGUUGAUGUGUUUGAUUUUUACCUCGCUUGGCACACAGUCCUUUCACACACCUCACACUCCCAGCACAGACGUAUGCUUUAUGUUGUCCAGCAUUACAAUUUAACAUUUAGUUUGUUAUUUGUUAUGUUAAAAAGGGAGUUUUUUUAAUACCGAUGUAUACAUAUUUUUUCCAUUCUCUGUUGCUCUGUGUUCCGCUUAAUUAAGGGUGCUAUUCUAAAAGCUUAGUCCGGACCAGACCUGUUUUCGUUAUCUGCAAUCCCUAUGAUAUUAUUUAUAACAAUCCUGCCCCUCUACACUCUCAUAAGUCAUUAUCAACAUAUUUUUUAAAGUAUUUUUUCUUCUGUGAUGUCCUCGAAUAACUAGAUGCACAGAUAAAAAAUGAUAAAAAGUAAACCAAUAAGGCUGAAAUUCAGUAAAUACCAUAGUCACAGCAGACUACUGCACACAUUAUUACUUGCUGUAUAGUGUGCACCUGCUUCUCCUUUUGGUGUUAAGUCCACCAGGAAUUUGUUUUCCCCACCAGCAGCUUUUUAAGAAAUGCAGGUGCAAAUGUCACCAUGUACACACACCUGACACCCACAGCUCCUGCUGUGUUAGUUAUUGGAAAAAGUUCAUGGGGAUCUUAUUGCCAUAAUGGAUCAGCUGACAUACGCUGUAUUUGGCCUAAUAGCAAUGUUAUGAAGACUGAAAAGAAGGGCUAUGUUACAGGAUGGAAUCUUUUUGUUUAUCAACUCUGUGUGUGUCUGUCAGGGCCCUGGGAAAGGGCUCACUCGCUCAUAAUGAAAUGCACACAAACAUGCACAAAAGUGUCCGCUUUGUCCUUAAGGCAGCCAAAACGAACCGAAAAACCAAAAUGGAAAAAAAAGGGAAGACAAGGGAACUGGCAUGUCAUGUGAGGAAACAGUUAUCCCAUUAUUCCCAAUAAUUCCCUCUCACAGGACACUUCAUCAGCUUUAAUCCUGCAAAAUCCGCCACAGCUAAUCCCUAACAGUCUGGCUCCUAUUUUGUCUUUCAUCUCUUACAUAUUUCUGCUUCUCACCUCUCGUCUGUUUCGUCCCCUGCAAAUGUUUUAUUUUAAAACAAAGUGUCUUACUGAAUAUUUAAUAAUUAUACCACAACUUUUUCUUCAGAUGUCUACACUUACGCAUGUUUUUGAGCGUGUGCGUAUGUGUGAGAGUGCGUACAUUGCUUUUUUUUUUCUUAACUGUUGCUUGAACGUCUGUGUGUUCUUGUGGCAAAUCACAACCAACUCAAGGCCCGAAAUGCUGUGAACCAACAGAGUUUCUAUGAAGUACACACACUACUGGAUAUUUUUAUUGUAUUAUCACAAAGCUCUCAAAACCAUCUUCAUGCCCAUCGCCUCUUCAGAACUGCAGCUUUGUAACAGACUGCAGAUCUACUGUCAGUUAAGAACUUUAAGCUAGCGUUUUAAUAGUGACAAUUUCCAUUGCUGGACAUGCCUCCUGUUUAUAUGCUGGUGGAGAAAAAAUCUGAUUGAUCACAGAUUUAAAUUAUUAAUCACUGUUAAAAGUGACAGUGGAACAUACUUAGCGCAAUGGUUUAAUAAUGAAACUCUCAGAUGUGAUGCUGUAUAUGUAUUGUUUAUGAAGCAACCAUGGAAAAAAACAAGCCCAUGUUAUGGGUUUCUUCUGCUGGGUCAUUGACCCCAACAGCUGUCAGCAGCUACAUACGCACAAAAAAAAAAAAAAAAACCACCACAAAAAACCCACACACAUUCAAACGCUUCAAAAGGUGUUUAGGCAUCACCUUAGCCACCAUGACAGAUCUGCAGGCAGACAAUGGUGUUGACUGUCAUCAAGGUUUUUUUCCAAUAUCGGUAGCACAGUUUUGCUUUGACCGAGAAAGACACUUGGCACAAGUGGCUAUUCUUGACUACUGCUUUGCCAGAAAGUUCCUCAAUAUUCUUUCAGCCUGUCACUAUGCUUGUCAGCACAAUGUUUCUGCUUUGUCAGUCAGAAAUGUUCCAUCAGUCUGGCCGUGUGACCACUUGUCUUCUGUUGCGUGUUUUAAUUUGUCCUCCCAGCACUGCAGACUCUGACUCUGCAGUGUUCUCUCCCUGUUUUCAUCACCGACGGAGCACGUUCUGUCAACAAUUAAUAUCGGCCGCCUUUGUGCUGAAAGCCAUCCACUGAAGCUUGAUAGCAGUCUUAAAAGAAAGUGGAAUGGAGUGCAAGUAGAGAUGCUAGGCAACACAGACUCUAUUACAUGGCCUCAAGUAAAACCAUGCAGGGAUGGCGGGACUUAGUCAAGCAGUCUUACUCAUCCUUACUAUGUGGGCAAUUUCUGUGGGCACCACCUUCUUUGUCCUUUGCCACACAAAGCCUCCUGACUGUUGUUCCCACAGAGCAAAGCAUUUAUUUUUGAGAUAUUUUUUCUUGGCCAAACUGUUUCUUCUCUAAAGUAUCUGCUUUUAUUUGAUUUGGGCUCCAGAAACCAAGCUUAAAUUAUAAUUGAAAACUGAACUCAUUUGACUGAGUGGAACUUGUUAACAUCAGAGGUUUCUCAUGUGUCAAAUCGGCUGUUGUUUCACAGGUGACAGAAGUCCCCCCCCCACCACCACCACCACCACUGGUGCAGGAUUGCUUUUAGCUUUUCAUUGAGGACGGAGGUUAUUAUUGGGUGAUAUUGUAGCUUGAAUUAGAGUAGAAGGUGAAAUAUGACACAGAGGGGAAGCUGUUAGCUACCACCCUGUUCCCCCACAGAUGGCAGGCCAGCAGGCGCAUCAGUUUACCUUAGCCUGUCAACGGCCCGUUGUUCAAAGCUUUGUGUGUGCAUAUAAAAGGGACCAGAGAGAGCUGUCAGAGGUCUCCACAGUGAGUCCUGUGGUUUCACUUGGUCCUCUGAAUAGGUUAGCACUUUUCUUUGAUUAGAAGUUUUCUUCCUGAAUUCUUUUUGCUGUUGUUUGUUGUGAUUGUUGAUUUGAAGACUUUGCUGCUAAUGCACUGUGCUCAUGAUUAUGAAGUGGGUUACAUUCAAAACAGAUAGCUGUAAAGUUUGUAUAUUUACUCAUGCAUGACUAGUGGGCUGAUGUGACUCCUCCACAUCAACACCAAGGUGUUUUUUUUUUUAAAUUUUACUACAACUGACAGCCCUGCAACAUCAGUAUGAGCUUAAGAGAAAUAUGUGGAAAUAAACAUCUUCUCUUUGUAAAAUUACCCCCUCCCCCUCUCCAUGUUCUGCACUUUUCUGUACCCAAAGUAAGGCCAGUUGAUCUCUCCUUAAACCUAGCAGUGAAAGUGUUUUUAACAAAGGAUUAUUGUGUACUGUAUCCUCUAAAGUAUAUGCUCAUUUUUCCUUUCAUUUUUUCUCGAAAAGUUAGUGUUUUGAAAGUGACAAAUCAGCAUGUGAAAAUCAUGUGUUUUCUUUAAAAGACAUUCAUUUCAAUUAAAGUGUUACUUACCUUCAUGUAUAAAUCUUUUUUUAAGUGUUAUCCUUUCAUUUGCAGAAAAUGAAAGCCCAAAAUGUUUUGCCUGUCAAUGUGGGAAAAGCCAAAUUUGUUUUCCGCAGAUUAUUUAAUUCUUGUUUUAAGGUCCAUUGCAAUGCAGAAUUUGAAUUCCAUUUAUUGAAAGAAUGUUUCACUUUUCUUUUAAUUCAGUGACAUGCUUUACCUUGUUGUCCUUGAUUUUUUCACUUUAUUGUGAUUUAUUUCUUUCAUGACUGUAGAGAUGAAAUAGUUUCUUUGCUGUAGUGAAACUGCUAUGAAUGUGAAUAACUAUUGGAGAAAUAAAUGCAAUUACAAUGCAA